AUGAGUUCGGGAGGAUUCAGUGACCUUCGGUUUGUCUGCAAUGGACAGAGCUUGAAUGUCCACAAGGCGAUUGUCUGUCUCCAGUCUCCGCCGAUCAAAGCAGCUGUCGAGGGAAACUUCGAAGAAUCCCAAACUGCUACCAUCAACAUGGACAACUUCCAGCCCAGCACGGUGACGGCGCUGGUUGAGUAUUUCUACACCGGCGGGUAUGGAAGCCUCUCAACGAGUGAUAAUGCCGUAGGCGUUUCGCAGACUCCUUCCGAUCUUGAAUCAUCGUCUUCGAGCCCAGAUACGGCCACACUUCUGCUUGACCAUAUUCGUGUUAACGCCAUUGGUAAUUAUUAUCAGGUCGAUGGCCUUAUGACCGCUGCAAAUCAGAAGAUCAAACACCUGCACGAGAGCUCCAAGGCUGACAAAUCCUGGGUUGCAAGUCUUCCCGCCGCGAUUCAGCUGGCCCUAAGCUGUACAGCAAAUGAAGGCCUGCUUGACAUCUUGGCUGAAGUGACUGCUAAAGAACUGGCUUCUAUCAUCCACCUAGAAGACUUCAAUUCAAUCAAGCCCAUCUAUGGGUUUGCCGGGAAAGUGCUGCAUGGGUGCUGGGGAAGAAUUCAGGGACUGUUGAAUGAAAAUGACCAGCUGAAGUCCGAUUUAUCCAGCAAGGAUUUCGAGCGUCGGGCGGCAGAGCGUGAACAUGAGAGAGUUCAGUCACAUUAUAGACGCAUGGAGCAGUGCUUGACAGUCCUGAACAGCACAUCGUUCUGCAGGAACACCAACUGUGGUGCGGAGUUCUGGUGCGCUAUUGAUGCCAAGGAGUGCAUUGUCCGGUGCGGUAAGUGUCGGUGUAGGCACUACUCGUGA